AGAGGGUUCCGGCUGUGGAUAAGAGUGUUAGGUAUUGGGAGCAGGAUCCCGGCUGGGGAUAAGAGUGUUAAGUAUUGGGAGCAGGAUCCCGGCUGGGGAUAAGAGUGUUAAGUAUUGGGAGCAGGAUCCCGGUUGUGGAUAAGAGUGUUAAGUAUUGGGAGCAGGAUCCCGGCUGGGGAUAAGAGUGUUAAGUAUUGGGAGCAGGAUCCCGGCUGGGGAUAAGAGUGUUAAGUAUUGGGAGCAGGAUCCCGGCUGGGGAUAAGAGUGUUAAGUAUUGGGAGCAGGAUCCCGGCUGGGGAUAAGAGUGUUAAGUAUUGGGAGCAGGGUCCCGGCUGGGGGAGAGGGGGAUUUCCCGGUGGUCGAUAGAGUGUGUAGUGUAGGUGGGGGGGGCGGGGAUUCCGGGAGAAUUCGGCGGAGACAUUAAACGGCACUUUGCUCAGUUGGUUUCAUUCGUCGCUGUAUACCCGGUCGCAGGUGACGAGUUCGCAUUCUGGGAAUUAUGUUAUACUUCCUCAGUGUCUUGGUGGGAAUUGGAUUCAGCUUUGCUUCAGUUGAGUUUCAAGUUUCUACACCGGAAACUCCAGUGACUGCUGUCUACGGCCAGUACACAGUAUUGACGUGUAGCUUCCCUGUUAACGCCGAGAUAGGACUGGACAAGUUGGUCAUCAACUGGCAACGUCUCAGUACAGAGGAGGUUGUUUACAGUUAUUACUAUGGCAAAGGGCAACUGAGUCGCCAGAGCCCUCGGUAUUCAGGGAGGACAAGUUUAUUCCCCGAAGACAUUACAAAUGGGAACGCUUCACUGCGACUGGAUUCGGUGAAGCUGGAGGAUGCUGGACAGUACCUCUGCUAUGUCAGUAGUUUAAAGGCCAGUGGCCAAGGGAUUGUCUCACUCACAUUUGCAGCUUACUAUGAGGAACCUAACCUGUUUAUCAGAUUAACGCCUUCAUCAAUGGUGUUUACAUUUGAGUCCAGAGGUUAUCCCGCAGCCAAUGUUUCUUGGUACAAUAACGAAAGGGAGAAUAUUUCCUCACAGUCUGAGACCUUAUACCAACAAGAUUCCAAUGGCUUAUACUUACUGCAGAGCAUUCUGAGAGUCAGCAAUGCCAACCAGAGUUCAGGCUACAUGUUCAAUUUAAGAAAUGAAGUUUUACAUCAGUCAGUUUCAAGAACUUUUGAUCUUUCCAUAGAAGAGAAAGUCGAUGAUGUUCCAACAAGAGAUAAGUGGAUGCUGGCUCUUGCUCUCAUCAUCCUGGAAUUUGGAAUAAUUUUAAUUCUGGCCAAAGCUGUGUGGAGAAAAGAGGGUUCACAGCAGCGCACAGAGCUGUAACAAUUAGUUGUCCCCUGGACUGAUAUACACUAGGAUUCUUCAUAGCUGGCAUUGUACAAAGAGUUCUUCAGGAAGACCACCAGACCUCCUCUGCUGCGUUUCAAACCAACUGCUCAUGUCCUGAAAAUCCUAAAACUGUAUUUUAUUGGAAAUCUUCCAUUUGAAUAGAUAACACUGGAAACACGACAGCGUCUGCAGAGAGGGAAACGAGUAACCUUCCAGUGCGAUUCAUCGGAGUUGUGUUUCAGAUGUAGGGAACAGUUGGCCAGUGCAAGACAUAAAAAUCUAUUAAUUCGCAAACACGAGGAAAUCUGCAGACGCUGGAAAUCCAAGCAACACACACAAAAUGUUGGUGGAACGCAGCAGGCCGGGCAGCAUCUAUAGGAAGAGGUACAGUCGACGUUUCGGACUGAGACCCCUCGUCAGGACUGACUGAAAGAAGAGAUAGUAAGAGAUUUGAAAGUGGGAGGGGGAGGGAAACGUCGACUGUACCUCUUCCUAUAGAUGCUGCCUGGCCUGCUGCGUUCACCAGCAUUUUGUGUGUGUUGCUAAAAUCUAUUAAUUCCAAACAUAACUCAGAUUCUUGCAGACUUUCCAGGGUCUAACGAUAAUACAGUAACAAGUUUCCAGCACUUGAGUCGCAGCGCAGAACAAACGAGUCCUUCCGCCUCGAUGAGUUUAGCAAUCCCGGAUUUAACCCGAGCCUAAUCACGGGACAAUUUACAAUGACUAAUUAACCAGCCAACCGAUAUGUGUUUGGACUAAGGAGGCAAACCAGAGCACCCGGAGGAAAUUCAGGCAGUCACGGAGAUCCCCCAGCUUAAUUCUAUAUAGCCUACUCAUAGGGCAAUUUACAGUGACUAAUUAAUAUUACAGAACCAGGAAAUCCACGCACUGUCACGGGGAAGCCGGCAUGUGAGACACAAGCCACAGAUUAAUCAUUUAUUUACAGACAUUCGACCGAACACCUAAACUACCCUAAAUUACACAAACCACAUGUGGAAACACUUGACACACAGAUACUCAGUUGCCUCCCCUGUGUCUACAGCACACUUUCUCAGUGUUUCGCGACCUCCGGGUGAAACCAAGUGCCCCCGGGUCGAAGGGUGCCUGGAACUGUGCACCGGUGCCGUGGGACACAAGGCAACCCUUGGGAGAGGGCUGCUGCAUCAUUCAAACGGGCCAGAAGCGACUUUUGACCGACAACUAAACUAACUCUUCAUACUACCCGCACACACCUGGAUGUGUGAACUCCUGACAGGACCGAACCCCGAACUUUGACAUUUCAGAGCUGUAACAGCAUCGUGCUAACUGCAAAGUCACGUGGCGCCCUUUAAACUAUUUAUUUUGUUUAUUUUAAUAAACUAACAACAUCAUAUUCAUUCCAGAACACUGAAAGCACGUGUGACCUGUAUUUGUAUCUGCUUCUACAUCACAUAAACUUUUUGCGUGAAGCUUUGGAGAAGGGAGGAGUAGCAAUUAUGAUGAGCAGUUAAUUAGUACGAAAUAUAUUUUGAAUUUUAUUCUUUGGAACGUAGAAGACUGAGGGGAGAUUUGAUAGAGCUAUACAAAAUUAUGAGGGGUAUUGCUGUGUUCUUUAUACGUACCGUGGGUUACUAAGAACAAACCAUAAUCUGGAAGAAUCGAACUAAACUUCUAUUUACAACAAACAGCAACUACGUGUUCACCAAACAAGUUGCUACAUCAUUCUGUCAUUUCUGCGCAUGCUCCGAACUCUGUCCAAUCAUGUUCUGGCGUGUGAUAUCACCACAGCAACACUCACAACACGCUGGAGGAACUCAGCAGGUCGGGCAGCAUCCGUGGAAAAGAACGGUCA